GCGCCCGCCCCCUGCGGCCUGUGCUGCAGCUGCCGGCCGCCGGAGGGGGCGAGCAAACGUCAACCUGUUGUUUGUCCGGUCACCAUCUCUCAACUCAGCACCACAAGGAAGUGCGGCAGCCACACGCGCUCGGGCAGCUCGGCAUGCAGGAAAUCUGCGGCGAGCGCGGCGCGUAGCUCGGCGGGCCACGCUGCAGGCUCAGGCGGCGAGGGCGCAGGGCGCGGCGUCCGUCCCGGGAGAGGAACCCGGCUUUUUCUCGGAGCGGCGCUGUGCUUCGGUCGCUAAUCCCAAAUGCACCGGCUCACUUUCGUCUACACUCUAGUCUGCGCAAACUUUUGCAGCUAUCGUGACACUUUUGCAGCUCCGCAGAGCGCAUCCAUCAAAGCGUUGCGCAACUCCAACCUGAGGCGAGAUGAGAGCAAUCACCUCACAGACUUAUACCGAAGAGACGAGACCGUCCAGGUGAUAGGAAGCGGCCACGUGCAGAGUCCGCGCUUCCCCAACAGCUAUCCCAGGAACCUGUUCCUGACCUGGCGGCUCCACUCCCAGGAGAAAACGAGGAUACAGCUUGCAUUUGACAACCAGUUUGGAUUGGAGGAAGCAGAAAAUGAUAUCUGUAGGUAUGAUUUUGUGGAAGUCGAAGACAUAUCUGAGACCAGUACUGUUAUUAGAGGACGGUGGUGUGGACACAAGGAAGUUCCUCCAAGAAUCACAUCAAGAACAAACCAAAUUAAAAUAACAUUCAAGUCCGAUGACUACUUUGUGGCUAAACCUGGAUUCAAGAUUUAUUAUUCUUUUGUGGAAGAUUUCCAGCCUGCAGCAGCCUCCGAGACCAACUGGGAAUCAGUCACAAGCUCUAUUUCAGGGGUAUCCCAUCACUCUCCAUCAGUAACGGACCCCACUCUCACUGCGGAUGCUCUGGACAAAAGGAUUGCAGAAUUUGAUACUGUGGAAGAUCUGCUCAAGCACUUCAAUCCAGAGUCAUGGCAAGAAGAUCUUGAGAAUUUGUAUUUGGACACCCCUCGUUAUCGAGGCAGGUCAUACCAUGACCGGAAGUCAAAAGUUGACCUGGACAGGCUCAAUGAGGAUGUCAGGCGUUACAGCUGCACUCCCAGGAAUUACUCGGUCAAUCUAAGAGAGGAGCUGAAGCUGACCAGUGUGGUCUUCUUCCCACGCUGCCUCCUUGUGCAGCGCUGUGGAGGGAAUUGUGGCUGUGGAACUGCCAACUGGAAGUCCUGCUCGUGCAAUUCAGGGAAAACUGUGAAAAAGUAUCACGAGGUGUUAAAGUUUGAGCCUGGCCACUUCAGGAGGAGGGGCAGAGCAAAGACCAUGGCUCUCGUGGACAUCCAGUUGGAUCACCAUGAGCGGUGCGACUGUAUCUGCAGCUCAAGACCACCUCGAUAAAAGAAGUGCACAUUCUUUCAUUAAGCUUGAAAGAACCCUUAGGUUAAGGAGGGUGUGGUUAAAGACCCAUUCUCCACCAGCAACCAAACUUGCUACUAGCCUGCAAUGCAAUGAACACAGUGGUUGCUGAGUUUCAACCUAGCUUUUAGUUCCAUGGCAAGUAGAAAGGUGUAUCUCCAACUUCUAUAUACAAGAAUAUAGGAUUGCAUUUAAUAAUAGCACCUGAGGAUAUUCUGUAUACACAGCACAGAUAUGUAUAUCCAUGUCUAUGUGUAAAUAGAUCAAGUGGUUUAUUCAGUACACAUAACCAGGUAUGCUAGAGCUUACAUAUGGUUAUUUAGACCCUUAAAACCUUUUGACAAAUAAGAGACAGUCAAACAUAUGAAGCAUGUCUUUAAAAUUUUCAGAAGAUGAAUGCAUUUAUUUUUAAAUUUUGAAUCACAAGACAAUUUUGGAUAUUGUUCUCUUAAAUAAUCUUGUACAUUAAAAACCAAAAGAAGAGUUUUUCUUAUGUAUUCAUCUUAACUGAUUAUUAAAAAAAGGAAAAAUAUGAUUUCUAGGGAAAAGGCAAAUGCUUAGGCAUUUUUCCCACAAGAUGUACUACACACUUCCUAUGUAGACAAUAAUAACCUGUCUCUAAAACCGUGCCAUGAUAAUAUAGGUGCUUUAGAAAUUAAACCAUUGUCUUCUUCUGAUGCGUUUUGCUAAGGUAUUCUAAUCCAUCUAAAACCGCUCUGAAAAAAUUAUGCAGAAUACAUGAUUAUACUCCUACAAAAGACAAUUUAUAACCUGUAGCAGAAUUUUAGAUUUUUAUUUUUCUACAACACCUCCACAAAAGCAAAUCCUUUGAAGAGUGGCAUGGGAAUUCUGUAUGAGCCUUUCAAGAUGGUUUUCAUUGGAAGAUUUGGGUUGUUGAGAAUUUAAAAAGUGACUAUUGAUACAUUGAUGUAACUGGAAAUUAGUUGUAAUAUUAGAUAGGAUCCAUAUUUAAUCAUGGAUUUAAACUCUUCAAACUGUGCCGAGGAAUUUUAUGUACCUUGCAUUUGUGUGUCUCUUCAGUACAGAGACAGGGAUCUAUAGCAGCAUUCUAUUUUUGGCAAGCCAUCAUGAAUUGCUUAGAGCCUAAAAGCUUUUGUGCUUCAGUAAAACAACCAAAUUUUAUUGAUGCUCAUUCCUAACCAUAUACUCACUCACCAUUGUGACUUUGUUUUUGAACCAAGUGAAACUAGAUCUGGGGGUUCUCUGGUUCUUUCUAAAUCCGUACAUCUUGUUCUAAGAAACCGACUGUAAAUUGUGGGAGCAUAAGUUUGGUUCUGUUCUCCCACUAGGAAACUGUUUAGUGUUGGGUAUUGGUAUUUAGAGUCAUUUUUUCUCCCUGGCUCCUUCUAGUCUAUUUUAAAGGAGUCUGUCUCCAAAAGUAGGAAAUGAUUCAUCAUUCUCCAAAGCACGACCCUCAGGAGAGCAGCGCUGAGGUGGGGAAGCUCCGUGGAUGCUCACAGAGAACUGUGUUUUUCUUCCUGCCUUGAAAGGAGAGCCGAUUUCUUCUGUGAGUCUAGGGCCAUCCUGCCCAUAACCAGUCUGGGUUAGAGGUACGUGACAGGGUUAGUUACGUGCUGGCGUCAGAUGAGUGGCCUAUGUAUCCUUAGAUUUCUAAAUUUAGGCGCUCUCAGGUCCAAGUUCUUAAUCACCUUUAGCUCCCAAUUCUUUGAGAGGAAAGACCUAUGCCUAUUAAAGAUGUACCUUCUAAAAUUUUCCUAAAAUUGCCUUAUGUUUUCCUUGAGGCAGUGAGUGGUAAAAUUAAAUAUUCAAUUGUUCAAGUCUCCAAAAUCCCAGAAAUACCCCAAUCAGACAAUGAUGGUCAGGAACCCCCUUCCCCUUCAUGGCUACUUGUAAGUUUCCUGUGAAAACACUGGCUUCCUGUACCAAACUCAAAAUGUGUGUUACAUCUCUCUAGUUUGUACAGCUCACAUGGCUGUAAAUAUGAAAAAUUAGAGUAUUCUACCCACUUUUCAAGAAACCUUCCAGGCCAUAAUAACCAGAAUGGUUUUCAGUUAAAGCGCUGUCUGUACUUUUUAUUUAUUAGCUGAUAUGUAAGCAGGCAUAUUCACUCACUUUUCUUUGUCUUUCCUGAGAGGUUUUCUUUUUUAUUACAACUUCUCCCUUGGUUAUCUGUUAUCUAUUGAACUUCCAGCAUGUAGCCAAUAAAACUGUUUCGUUGCCAUGAAAGGAAUAAAUAACUCACCGUAAAAUUACAUUUCAAUACAAUCCCUAAUAAAUCUAUGUUUCUGCAUGGCUCACUCAGCCGAAAUAAUGUCUUUCAUUCCAUAUGUUCUCAUAGGGCAGAACACUUUCAUAAGUAAAGUUUUUUUUUAUGUUUUUUGGUCAUAUCAGUAACAUGCAGCUUUUUCCUCUCAUAGAGUUUUCCAUAGCAAAUGUAAUAUGCCUCUUAUCAUCAUGAAAAAUAAAUACUGCUUUUGAACAA